AUGUCUGAACAUAAAGCAGUAGUGAAAAAUGCCGAUAUGACAGAUGAUAUGCAACAAGAGGCUGUCGAUUGUGCUGCACAAGCUCUAGAGAAAUAUAGUGUGGAAAAAGAUAUAGCAGCAUUCAUUAAGAAAGAAUUUGACAGGAAAUACAAUCCUACAUGGCAUUGUAUUGUUGGGAGAAAUUUCGGAAGCAUUUUUUCUUCACCUACGUACUUGAGUCACCAAAAUAAACGGUUCGCAGUUCCGUCGUAUGCAUUCGAGGACGAGAAAGGAUCACCAAUUACGAGCUUUUAA